AAGAGAGAGAGAGAGGGACUGAUUUAAUUAGCACAGUUUCGAGAUAUAUAUAUAUACUGACAACUUUUCUCUGGCUUCAUGCAGGGAAUGUUCUGUCCACUUCGAUCUUCCUCUCACCUAUGCCAGAGUUUAUACAGGCAUACAAGAAGAGAUCAGUGGAGGGAGUUAAACUUGCUCCUCAUUUAGUGCUGUUGAUUAAAUGUAGUUUGUGGGUUUUGUAUGGUCUCCCUCUUGUUCACAAGGACAAUAUUCUCGUCACCACUAGUAAUGGUGUCGGUUUCUUUAUCCAAGUUAUCUACGUGGUUGUCUUUUGGAUCAACUGCGACGAAGAAUCACGUAAGGAUCUCGUGUAUAUAUGUCUUACGUUUGAGUUUUGUUUUGUGGCCGCGGUCUAUAUUAUUACUAUUUGGGGAUUUGAGAGUUCCGUCAAGCAUACAUUCGUUGGUGUUGUUUGCAACGUUUACAACAUUGGUAUCAUCUAUCUUUUCUUUACCAUAGACAAAAUGCCGGAGGGUACUAAGACCUUCAAAUACAUGCCGUUUUGGCUGUCGUUAGUUAGUUUCAUCAACGCUGGAAUUUGGACUGCUUAUUCUUUGAUCUACACAAUUGAUAUUUACGUCCUUAUAAGCAGCGGUCUUGAAACGUUGUUGUGUGCUUUUCAAUUAUUAGUCUAUGCUUCUUCCUACACUUUAGGCAAAAUCGACGUUAUUGUUUGAAGUUUGGUGUUUGGAUAAUAUUUUGGUAUGUUUGCAUGUAAGGACUUAAUAUUAUUACUAGGAGAGAAUCAACGAUACUCGCAUAUCUUCUUUUGUUUGUAAAUAAAUAUGGUUUUCGAUCUUUCAUUCGACUAUCAAA